AUGACCACAGUCUUCAGACAGAGCUCCUCUUCCACCUACGGCGGCGGCCUGGGCGGCAGCUCGCGCCUCUCCUCCGUGCGCACGGGCGGCUCCUUCCGCGCGCCCAGCAUCCACGGCGGCUCCGGCGGCCGCGGUGUGUCCGUGUCCUCGGCGCGCUAUGUCUCCUCGGCGGGAGGCGGCUACGGCGGCGGCCUGGCCGCCGGCCUUGGCGGCGGCUUCGGCAGCAGCUUCGGGGGCAGCUUCGGCGCGGGCGCCGGCGCGGGCUGGGGGGCCUCGUGUGGCUUCGGCGGCGGCCUCGACCUGGCCGGCGGCGACGGCCUCCUCUCCGGCAACGAGAAGAUCACCAUGCAGAACCUCAACGACCGCCUGGCCGCCUACCUGGACAAGGUGCGGGCGCUGGAGGAGGCCAAUGCCGACCUGGAGGUGAAGAUCCGCGACUGGUACCAGAAGCAGGCGCCCACCAGCCCCGAGCGCGACUACAGCCCCUACUACAAGGUCAUUGAGGAGCUGCGGGACAAGAUCCUCGCAGCCACCAUUGACAACUCCCGCGUCAUUCUGGAGAUCGACAACGCCAGGCUGGCUGCCGACGACUUCCGGCUGAAGUACGAGAACGAGCUGUUCCUUCGCCAGAGCGUGGAGUCUGACAUCAACGGCCUGCGCAGGGUCCUGGAUGAGCUGACCCUGGCCAGGGCUGACCUGGAGAUGCAGAUCGAGAACCUCAAGGAGGAGCUGGCCUACCUCAAGAAGAACCAUGAGGAGGAAAUGAAAGAAUACAAGAAUCAGCUAAGUGGAACAGUCAAUGUGGAAAUGGAUGCUGCCCCCGGCAUCGACCUGACCAGGGUGCUCUCGGAGAUGAGGGAACAGUACGAAGCGCUGGCCGAGAAGAACCGCAAGGACGCCGAGGCCUGGUUCUUCACGCAGACUGACGAGCUGAACCGGGAGGUGGCCACGCACACGCAGCAGAUCCAGACCAGCAAAUCGGAGAUCACAGAACUGAGACGCACGUACCAGGGCCUGGAGAUAGAGCUGCAGUCGCAGCUCAGCAUGAAAGCUGGCCUGGAAGCCAACCUGCGAGACACAGAAGCGCGGUACUGCGCCCAGCUAGCCCAGAUUCAGGCGCUCAUCACCAACGUGGAGGAGCAGCUGGGUGAACUCCGGUGCGACAUGGAGCGCCAGAACCAGGAGUACCGGAUGCUCAUGGACAUCAAGAGCCGCCUGGAGCAGGAGAUCGCCACGUACCGCCAGCUGCUCGAGGGCCAGGACUCGCAGAUGUCCGGAUGGACCCCUAAGGACGCACAUCUGAGCAGCGGAAGAGUUCGCAUUAGCGUGGAAGACUCGGUAGAUGGAAAAGUUGUUUCUACUCGUGACAAGAAAUACCCAUAAGAAGAAAUACUGA